UUAAACAAUUGUCGGAGUGUACAACAAGCAUUUGGGGGAUGAAGAAUGAUUUGACAGAUUGUUCUUAGUUGCUAUUCAGCCAAAGAGACCAUCUCGCUCUCCUAGCAACAGCAUCAUCAUCGACAGCACCAUUCGCGAGGAGCAAUAUGGUAUGCUGUGCUCACAGGACAUACAUUAAAUUCGAUUUAGUAAUUUUGAGUAGUCAAAGCGCGGACAUACGCUUACAAAGGUAAAAACGAUAGUCGGCGCGAUGUGACACGACGGCAAGAAAAAUUCUAAAAGCUAAGUGCCAAAAACUGUACACUAAAAUUGUUUAAAGUGGGUUCAUUUAUAUAGUUCAAGAUUCAGAUAUAAAGAAAAAAUAUUUAAUUAAAGCAUUAAAAAAGAAGAAAAGAUAGUAAUAAUUAAUAACAAUUCAACAUUAAAUAUCGAAAAUUCUUUAAUCAUACUGUUGAGACAGCUUCGUACACAUAGUGACAUAAUCGGAUAAUUGUUAUAUUCACAAUAACAACAACAUAAUUCAGCUGUCAAUGAGUAUAUAAAGAGAUCCUGUGCAAUAUUAUAAAUUUUUUGCAUAUAUCGCUACUCACAAAUAAAACUAAUAAACAAACUUACAUAUUACAUAUAAUUGCUACGGGUUUUGAAUGCGCUUGGCGCUCAGCGUUUCGACGGUGCCAAGCAAUGUAUUUUCAAUAUUCAAAUAGGAAAUACAAGUAUUCAUUAUAAUCGCAAUGAUAAUGAAGCUAAAAAUAAAACUUCGCCUAAAUGAAGAAUGAAGAAACAAAAUGUUCGCACGAUAUCCUUGAUCGUGUGCACAUUUACAUAUUUACUAGUUGGCGCUGCUGUAUUUGACUCGCUCGAAUCGGAAACGGAAAAGCGGCGCUGGGAAGCACUGCAAGCUGUGGAAGAUAUGAUUAUACGAAAAUACAAUAUUUCACAAGAGGACUUCAAAGUGAUGGAGACAGUUGUGCUUAAGUCAGAACCACACAAAGCUGGUCAACAAUGGAAAUUCACUGGUGCAUUUUACUAUGCAACAACAGUGUUGACGACUAUCGGUUACGGCCAUUCCACGCCAAGCACAAUCGGUGGCAAACUCUUCACAAUGUGCUAUGCAAUUGUGGGGAUACCAUUGGGCCUUGUGAUGUUCCAAAGUAUUGGAGAAAGAGUGAAUAGACUGAGCAGCUAUGUUAUACAAGCAGUGAGGAAGUCACUACGUUGUAAACGAACUGCAGCUUCUGAAGUAGAUUUAAUAUGCGUUGUGACAACGCUGAGCUCUUUAACGAUAGCUGGUGGUGCUGCGGCUUUUUCACGCUACGAAGGUUGGAGCUAUUUCGAUUCAGUAUAUUACUGCUUUAUUACUUUAACUACAAUAGGUUUUGGAGAUAUGGUAGCUUUACAAAAAGAUAAUGCACUCAACAACAAACCGCAAUAUGUGAUGUUCGCAUUGAUAUUCAUAUUGUUCGGUUUGGCAAUUGUUGCCGCCUCGCUGAAUCUGCUAGUAUUGCGGUUUGUUACAAUGAAUACGGAGGAUGAACGAAGGGAUGAAGCACAAGCUAUGCAGUUUAUAACCAAGUCCAAUAUUUGGACAAAAGAGGCUUUACAAGUUGCUGUUAAAUUAGAAGGUGACGUCAUUACAGCAAAUGGCUCCAUUUUAAGUGGAUAUGAAGGUCAUGAAGUUCAGUCAAAUAGUAGUGGCUCAACUACAUCCAUGUGUUCAUGUAGCUGUGCACGUUUUAGUGCAAAUCGUCAUAAAACGCAUCAAUACAAAGCGCGUCGUUCACCCUCGCAUAUACGUCAUUUAUUGCCGGAAGUUGUACCAAUGCAGGACUUAAGCUACGAUACACACAGCCUCAAUGCCGACGGGCUCGAUAUCGUGGAUACAUCAUCAGUCUCGCCUUCGAAACCACACAGACAAUUACUCAAACGCAAUGUAUCGCUACUAUCUUUUCGUAUUUAAAAUACAAUUACUAUUAAUGAAAAUAAUUUAAGUAUUAUAGGUACAUACAUUAAUUAGUAGGUAUGCUUAAAUACAAUAAUUUUUUAAUCGCCGGUAAUUAAAGCUUUUCACAAUGCUUUGUUGUGUGCUACGUACAGGCGGUACCGCUGGGUAUGUGGUAUACAUGUUUAAACAUUUAUAAAUAGUUGUUGGGUCGCUACAAUCAAUCUGAAGUGUGCCUGCAGAGUAGACGUUCGAAGCCGAGCAAAGCGCAUAGCUGGCGAAAGCGGUAAAUCAGCACAGGCACCCGCGAGUUGACGCUGAUCAAAAUUGCAGCCGAAACUGAUCAAUGCGAGAAACCAGUUUUGAAGGGUUUUCCGGCGCUGACUUGCGUGUUACAUAUGUAGUUCAUUUGUAUAUCGGUAUGGUGAUCUCAAAUUUUGCUUACAAGGAAUUACCAUGAAUGUGAUAGAACAAUAUUUAGUAUAUCCGUUAUUAAUAUUUUCAAGGCCAAAUUUAAAACGAAAUUUCCCAAUUUAUUUAUUAAAUAUCCGCUAUUAAUAUUUUCAAGGCCAUCUAUCGUGAUGUAAUAAAUAUCCCUUUUUUCCGCCCUAUUUUUUAGAUUUUUCUCACAAAACAUUCAUGAAUUAACUGUAUAUCUUACUUUAAAUACAAUUAUAUUCGAACUAACUUCCGAGGAAACAGAACAGGACAGUAUAAUAGCAAAGAACGCGCUGAAUCUUACAUCCACUGUGCGAUACCUAAAAUUGAUAAGCGCUGAUCGAAAUCAGUUUUGCGCUCGAUUCGCAUUUGAGCGUCCACUUCGCAGGCACCCUAAUGCAGAUUACAUUAUGCACUUUUCUGCGCUUCAUUUGCGAAUAUGUAUGUAUGUAAAUAUUAAAGAAAAUCUUAAAGAAAAUACUUAUAAUUAGUUAGGUAGGUGUAAAGCUUAGCGAAAGCCUAUCAAUUAAUAGAUUUCCGUAAUAUUAGCAAUUCAGAUAUUAAGAACUUUUGCUUAUCUUAAAGGCUAAGGGGAUUCCGCGCUUUAUUAUUAAGCCCAUUAAAAGAUUUUUAACUUUUUAUUUUAGACUUUGGUUAUUAAAAUCUUUCAAAAUGAGUUGCAAUGCUAAGUAAUUAAAACAUUUUAAUUUUUUUCUAAAUACAUACAUACAAAAAUACUAGAAAUAUUAAGCCAUCAGUAUCUUUCUUUAAUUUACAAAAAUAUGAGAACAGUAUGCACUAUCUAUGUAGUUAGCUAAACGCGGUCAUUUGUAUUAUUUCUUUGCACAGACACAGCAAUAAUUUCAAUGAAUUUGAUGAUUGAUGAAAAAGGACCUAAUUAGGAGAAUCACAUGAUAACCUAUAAAAUCUCACAUAAAUUCAUGUUUGUUACAAAAGAAUCAGUGGCGUAGCUAGGGGGGGCGAAGGGGGCCGUCGCCCCGGGCGCAACGUCUUGGGGGCAGCAACACGAUCUUCGCUGUUUUUUAAUAUUCAGAAAAAUACUUCAACAAAUUUUUUUAAAUAAAAAAAAAAUUAAUUUUUACUCGAAUACUCUUCAGCCUUUGAAUUUGUCUUAUAUCUUUUGGCUUAUAUCUCUCUUAAAAAUAGUGAUAGAAUGCAUAAAGAUACACUUUUCUAGCUUUGUCUAGCGACGUGUCAUUUUCACAGUUACCCUAUGCUUUGAAUGUAACAAAUACUUUUAUUUCUCCAAAUUUUCAAAAAUGGUAUUUAAAAACUCCAAUUCGGGCAAAAAUUCCUGCAAAUUGUGUCAAAAGUGUACAAGAUAUAGGGCGAAAAUGAGUUUUUUCUAUGGCUUUUUAUAAGAUGUCUUGUAAAUUUACUAUCAAUUUCCUCUAAAACCGUAUUGUGAGAAUUUUGGAACUUCAGAAUUUGCGUGGCUUCUAGUUCCUAAAUUUUAUAUACUUAAUUAUCGAAGAUAUUUUGUAAAAAUUCAAUUUUGUUCGAACCACCUCAUGAAACUUGUAGGUAGGUAGAUAAAGGGGGGGGCGGCAAAACAUCCUUGGCCCCGUCCGCCCGAAGUUGUAGCUACGCCACUGAAAAGAAAGUACAUACUACAGGGGCCUCCAAAAAUCUUUAAUAUUAGUAUGGUUAACCAGAUCAAAAUGUUACUCUAAAAAGGUUACAGAGAGGUUUGAUCAUUUAUAAGUAGUUUUUUUUAAUCAUGUACAUUUAAGAGUGUCCAAUGAUAAUUAUAAUUCUCACAACAGCCGCUUUUAAGUCGCCGGAAAUGCUGUUACUUUGGCGAUCUAAAACUGUUUAGGUCGGUAAGUAGUAACAACUUUUGUACGAAAGUUACAGCUUCGCCAGAUUACAUUUUUUAAUAUGAGCGUUUUUUUGAAUAUGUACAUAUAAAAAAUCAUUCAGAUAAGCCCAUAAAUGACUUGACACCUCCAAGUUUUAUAUACACCACA